ACUUGUUAAAAAUCCUAAAUGAAAAGACAAGGGUGAUGGUGUAACUUUGGAAACAAUACGUUUUUCUUUUUUCACUUUCAUCAAACUUUAUCCUCGUUGCCAUUUCUUCAUAUUCCAACUAACGCUUUGCAAUUAGCCCCACUCACUGCCCAUUUUGGCAUACUUCGCUUUUCUUCCCAACAACUCACUGGUCGUGUAGCAGUUUGAUUUCUACCACUUUAUACAUAUAUAUAAGCUACUCCAUUAUCACCCUCAGCACUUCAUUUCAUUUUCCUUUGGAACUCAAAAAUGGCCAAGUAUCUUUUUUUCCACCUUUCUCUAACUAUAUUUAACCUUUCUGCAAUUGCGUUGGCAAACAUGCAAGCUUCGUAUGGAGGAGGAGACGAAAACCUGCCACCAUUCGGCACACCUCCUAUAUGCCCGGAGGCAGAAGCCAUUGUCUUCUCUUGGGUCCAAACAGUCAUCGCCGAGGACCCCCGGAUGGCGGCAUCUCUGCUUCGACUCCACUUCCAUGACUGCUUUGUUAAUGGAUGUGAUGCUUCUGUUUUGCUGGAUGAUAACGAGAAUUUUGUAGGUGAAAAGACCGCAGCUCCAAAUGUGAACUCACUUAGAGGAUUUGAAGUGAUUGAUGCAAUAAAAUCUGAGUUGGAAUCUGUUUGCCCACAGACAGUUUCCUGUGCUGACAUUCUAGCUCUUGCAGCCAGAGACUCUGUUGGACUAUCAGGAGGACCCUUUUGGAAAGUUGAAUUUGGAAGAGGGGAUAGCAUAAGUGCCAGCAAAUCAGCAGCACAAAACAACAUUCCUGGCCCAAACUCCACUGUAGCUACCUUAGUUACUAAGUUCCAGAACCUUGGCCUUUCUCUAAGAGAUAUGGUUGCUCUCUCAGGUAAAUUUUUUUUUCUUUUUCCCUUAAUCUUUUCAUUUUGGUUGAUCGUUUCGAGAAUUUGUGAAGGGGGACACACACUGGGAAAAGCCAGAUGUACUUCAUUCAGUUCUAGGCUACAAACGAACGGAGGCAGCCCCAAUGAAGGAGCAAACCAAGAGUUUAUAGAGUCAUUAAAACAGCUCUGCUCGGCACCUGGUAGUAGUUCAACACUGGCACAGCUCGACAUUGUAACCCCAGCUACAUUUGACAACCAGUACUAUAUUAAUCUUCUCUCUGGAGAAGGGUUACUCCAGUCUGAUCAUGUUCUUGUGACUGGGGAUUACCAAACAAGAGAGAUAGUCGAAACCUAUGCCGUCGACCCAGUUGCCUUCUUUGAAGAUUUCAAACAGUCAAUGGUGAAGAUGGGAAGCCUAAAACCACCUGCUGGAACACAGACCGUGAUCCGAACUAAUUGUCGAACUGUAAGCUAGAUUAUGUUCAGUUUCAAUAUCUACCUAACCGAAAAAUAGAAGGAAGAAAAGAUUAGAUAAGUUACUACAUUGGAGAAGGUACUAUUGUCAACUAGUAUUUCAAGUGAAUGAAUCACAGCUACAAAAGAAAGUCUACA